AUUAAAUGGAAUAAAAUUUAAAAGGUUAUUUAACCCUGGUCUGAAAGAGAAAACAAAUGGCUUGGGAUGAGUGUCGUGUAAUAGUCACCUCUCUUGUAUAAGUAGGACAAGUCUGUGGUGUUUGGAAUGGGAAGGAAGAUCAUUCCUAGCUACUCAUUUCUUGUUCCAGUCCUUGAUUCACUUCCGCUCUUAGAGGGGGAUGUUGCUGCGUCAUUCCUAUGUCCUGGUGUAGCCAUCUAGCAAGCUGAGAAACAACAUUUGAAGGGUAUCAGAUUGGCUGGGAACUGAGAAAAAACAGUGUACCUUUUCUAUGUGGAAGAAAAGGUAAAACGAAUGGGAGACGUGAACUACUAGUAUGAGCUGAUGCUGUCAUGUCAAGAGGCAACUGCCAUUGAAAGAUAGUGCCUGUUUCUAAGACAGCAAAGUAUCAGGAGAGCCCCCAGAAGCAUUAACGGAAAGCUUAAAUUACCUAAAUGUAUUCAGUGCCAACGUCAGGAAAAUAAAGAUGACACAGUCCCUGCUCUCCGAACUUAGAGCCCAGUAGAGGAAUACAGCUAUAUGACCAAACUGAUAAUGGUCUCCAGCUGCCAAAGAAGGUUGUGGAUGCCAAGAGAAAGGUAACCAUUUCUCAGCCCCCUGAGUGGAACUGGAUGCCUCUAGGAGCCCACACCGGCUAGCAGUAGACAUGGCUGAAUUUACAAGCUACAAGGAUACUGCCUCCAGCCGCCACUUGCGGUUUAAGUUACAAAGUCUAAGUCGCCGCCUCGAUGAGUUGGAGGAAGCCACAAAAAACCUCCAGAAAGCAGAGGAUGAGCUCCUGGAUCUCCAGGACAAGGUGAUUCAGGCGGAAGGCAGCAAUUCUAGCAUGUUGGCAGAGAUUGAAGUGUUGCGCCAGCGAGUGCUGAGAAUUGAAGGUAAAGAUGAGGAAAUUAAGAGAGCAGAGGAUCUGUGUCAGCUGAUGAAGGAGAAACUUGAAGAGGAAGAAAACCUCACCCGGGAGCUGAAAUCUGAGAUUGAACGGCUUCAGAAACGAAUGGCUGAACUGGAGAAGCUGGAGGAAGCCUUUGGCAGGAGUAAGAACGAUUGUACCCAACUCUGUCUGAGCCUGAAUGAGGAGAGAAACCUGACAAAGAAGAUCUCCGCUGAGCUGGAAAUGCUCAGGGUCAAAGUGAAAGAACUAGAAUCUUCCGAGGACCGCCUGGAUAAAACUGAGCAGAGUUUAGUGUCAGAGUUAGAAAAACUGAAGUCAUUAACUCUGAACUUUGUAAGUGAGAGAAAAUACUUGAAUGAAAAGGAGAAAGAGAAUGAGAAACUGAUAAAAGAGCUCACUCAAAAACUGGAGCAGAACAAAAAAAUGAACCGAGAUUAUUCAAGGAAUGCUUCUAAUCUUCUGGAAAGGAAUGACCUGCGGAUUGAGGACGGGAUCUCCUCCACACUGACGUGCAAAGAAUCAAGAAGGAAGGGCGCUCUGGACUAUCUAAAGCAGGUAGAGAAUGAAACAAGAAACAAAUCAGAAAACGAAAAGAACCGAAAUCAAGAAGACAACAAAGUUAAAGAUCUCAACCAAGAGAUUGAGAAACUCAAGACACAAAUCAAACAUUUUGAAUCUUUGGAAGAAGAGCUUAAGAAAAUGAGGGCCAAAAAUAAUGAUCUUCAGGAUAAUUACCUAAGUGAGCAAAAUAAAAACAAACUCUUAGCCAGCCAGCUGGAGGAGAUAAAGCUACAAAUCAAGAAACAGAAAGAGUUAGAGAACGGGGAGGUAGAAGGGGAAGAGGCUUUCCUGUCCGGCAAAGGCAGGCAUGAGAGGACUAAGUUAAGAGGCCAUGGCAAUGAGGUACCUGUGUCCAAGCACACACCGCGGGAACUGUCCCCUCAGCAGAAGCGGGAGAGGCAUCGAAACAGAGAUAUUGCGCUCAACCAUGAAAACUGUUCUCUGGGCAAUAGGCAGGUUUCCUCUCCCAGUUUCACCAAUAGGAGGGCAGCCAAAGCUUCCAACAUCGGGCCGAUAACAGACAGUGGGACUCAGGAGACAAGGAGAACUGAAGACCGAUUUGUAUCUGGCUCCUCUCAGAGUGAAGGGAAGAAGUCCAGGGAGCAGCCUUCAGUGCUUAGCCGCUACCCACCUGCUGCUCAGGAGCACAGUAAAGCUUGGAAGAGUACUCCCAAACCAGGUACUGAGGGUGGGUUGAAGGGAAAAGUGGAGAAGACAACACGAACAUUUAGUGAUAAUACCAACCAUGGAUCUGUUCCCAGUGACGUACUGGGUAGAGCUGACAAGGCUUCUGACACCUCUUCUGAGGCCCUCUUUGGCAAAAGGGGGCAGGUACCUGGCAAUGGAAGUCAGGUAACCCAGGCUGCAGACUGUGGCAGUCCUAAGGCCGUUGGAGCUCUGGCCUCAUCCCGAAGAUCUUCCUCAGAAGGGCUCUCCAAGGGCAAAAAGGCUGUCAGUGGCCCGGAGGCUGAUACCACUUCCCCAAAUUCCAAGCCUCCACUUUUAUCAAAGUAUCCUUAUAAUUCCAGAAGCCAAGAGAACAUCCUUCAGGGCUUUUCAACCCCAAAUAAAGAAGGUGUUGAUCAACCCGUAGCAGUCGUGAUGGAAGACAGCAGUCAACAUGAGACCCUGAGGUGCCGGGUCAUCAAGCCCAGUGGCAGAGAGAAGCCAGACUCAGAUGACGACGUGGAUGUGACGUCUCUUGUUACUGCCAAAUUGGUAAACACCACCAUCACUCCAGAGCCAGAGCUCAAACACCAACCCAACUCUAGAGAGAGAGCCAAAUCCCGAGGGGGACUCAGAACCUCCCUGUUUGAGAAUGAUAAAGAUGCUGGGACAGAAAGUGAGUCUGUGAAACCUGUCAGAGCCUCCACCAAUGCCACGGAAUUCCCAGACGCCAAUGGUGCUGGGGUAAAAAGCCAGCGGCCCUUUAGCCCCAGAGAGGCGUUGCGGUCUAGAGCCAUCAUCAAACCUGUCAUCAUUGAUAAGGAUGUGAAAAAAAUCAUGGGAGGAUCUGGAACUGAGGCCACAAUGGAGAAGCAGAAAUCCACCUCCAAACCAGGGCCAAACAAGGUGACAAGCAGCAUAACUAUCUACCCCUCUGACAGCGGCAGCCCCAGAGCUGCCCCAGGUGAGGCCCCGAGGGAAAGGCACACAUCCACCAGCAACAUCCAGGUUGGGCCAGCAGAGCUCACAUCAGUCAGCAACCACGUCAGCUCUCCCUUUGAGCUCUCCAUUCACAAACAUGACAUUGCUCUGCAGUUCACAGAAGCUGAAAGAAUGGGAGAUGGGCCCCUGAAGAACAAGCCAGAAACAGUGGUCUCUCGGAGCAGCAUUAUAAUCAAGCCAUCAGAUCCUGUGGAGAGGAACAACCAUGCCCCCCCAGCGGAGACAAUCAGGUGGAAAAGCCAUAGUGCCCCUUCAGAAGUGAGCUCUUCAGAUGCCAGACACGUUACUGUGCGGAACGCCUGGAAGAGUAGGCGAGACUUGAACUCCUUAGAAGACCCCCCAACUCGAAUAGGUAGAAACGUGGAAGCCACCAACGCCUACACCCAGAGGGCCUCCACAGACUGUUCAGACCUUGGACAGCCCAAGUUGUACCUUUGUGAGCAGGGUGCUCAAAGGGCAGGAAAUUCAGGGGAUGCCCCUGAGCUCACCUCCAGAAGGACCCAGAGUAGCCUCACCGUCUCUGAGGUGCUGACUCGUCGGAAUCGGGUGGGAGACACAGCCUCGGCUGCAGCCUGGAACCACUCGGCAGGCGCGGAGGAAGGUGACGACUGCACACUCGGUGUCCACAGACGACUGCACAACUCCCUGGAGCGGUCUGAACUGCCUGCGAAGCAGGGGCUGCCAGAGCCCGGGCGAGCCCGGGCUGAGGAACGGUUACGGCCAGCCAGGCCCUGUGCCGAGGACAACUGAACCAGCUGGGUGAGGUCUGCUGUCUCCUCUGCUCCUGCUUCUCCGCUCUCCUGCCUUCCUGCCCCAUGAAGGAUGCAAGGCCAGUUAACCAGGCUAGACGCCAGGCCUUGGCUGGGAGACUGUGGCAAACCAGGCUGUGGCUCGGGUCAUUUUGCCAGUUGGCCAGAGGGGAUCAGAAACUACAAGCUGGACAUAGUCACCCAGGCCCAGCCUUCCCUGAUGCAUCAGUUCUCUCUCCUUGCCCCUGUCCCCAGAUCGGAUGGGCCACUCUGGCCCCCAAAUGGGGAAAGAUCUAGAAACCCCUUGUAUCCUCACCAUACCACAACAGCUGAAAGCUCUCUUCUGCUUCUCAGUGGGUCAGAGGGCAGCCCCUUCAGUGUGGUUCAUUUCUUCCUCUCACCGCAUCCAGUUCACUCCUUGUUUGCCCUGGGGGCCUAAGUACCCCCUAAGACUUAGCAGCCAUCACCUCCAUCUAGGGGGCUUCUACUCCUUUCCCCUUUGGAGUUCCUCAGACUUGUACAGCAGAAGAGGUCUGUGCUGCCUCUAAGGGAUUACGGGACCAACCUUUAGGCUGAAGCUUCUCGGACAUCGCCCCCGGCUGACAAUUGUUUCCUGGGGGCAGAGCACACGGGUACCCACCUAUUGGAAUGGCAUCAUCCCUCCCCUCCCCUGGCUCUAUGCUCACCUUCCAAAGGCACCUGGAAGUGCACAAGCCUCACGCAUCUCCUUUUCUGGGCACCCGUAAUGCUGCUGGCACUGCCUGCUCCUCUCCCGUGGCUGGAGACUUCAGGCUGACUCCGUCGUUUCCAUCUUUGGAAUACUUCCGGACUAAACUGGGCCUGACCCAGCAUACUCGAGGCCUUCUAGGAAGUGCCCAGCAAGGGGGAAAGUGGGCUGGAAGAAACAUUUCCCCAGUCACUUCACAAAGCAAUAGUUCCAUGAAAGGCAUGGACUUUCUUCCUCUUCCUUCAUUCCCCCAUGGAGGAGGAGGAAUCGCACUUUACCGAACUGAUGCAUUCCUACAGAAGUGGGCCCAUGGUUUCUGCAAAUUGUCGUGAUGACUUCACUGGAGGAAAAGUACUACGUGCCCACUGAGGGCCCCAGGUUUAUAUAAUACAAAAUGCAACAAACCUUUCAGGAAGCCACAUAAAGUUGAAUAGUUUCCUUACGUCACAUGGGGAAGUUGAAAAGAACCGUAUAUUCUUGGCAUUGCUUUUUGUGUAACUUUCUCAGUUCAGAGAAGGGCUCCCUUUUCAAAGGCUACUUUUAAUGGCACAGACACUGUUCCUUCAUAGUGAAAGAGAGCAUUACUAGGAGUCAGGAAAGCUGAAUUUGCUUCAUGGCUUUGUACUUUCUUGCUGUGUGACUUUGGGCAAGUCACUGUCCUCGUGGGGCCUCAGUUUCCUUAUCUAUAAAAAUGAAUUCUUUGUAAUAGUCUAGAGACCAGGGUCCUAAAUCUGGCAUUCUGAGGUGGUUCUGUUUACACUGUCCUGUGGGGGUGAUUCUGCUUUUGGAAGGUAGCAUCCAGAUGGUUUUGGGGAAUGGGUCCUCCCCGGCCUUGUUUUUCUGGGCCUUAUUCUUUUCAUGUUCUAAUGUCAGGAGGAUGAGCUCAGAGAAGCUCCCUCAUUUUUCUAGUUUGUAAGAUGAAGGGAUAAGAUCAGAUGGCUUCUGCAGCCCUUUUGGCACCAGCCUUGCCCACUUGCCACACAGCAUCCCCUGGCUUUUGUGACACAAGUUGGCUGUCUCCCGUUGCUGUGCUUCGUGGGCCAUAGUCCCUGCCUGCACUUGGUGUGGGAACCAGUGUUCAUCUCGCCCGUGUCUGCCUUCAGACUUGGCCAUCCUGGAGGCGGCUUGGGGGCACGCUGAUGAGCUUCCUUUCGGGGUCAGGAAUGUUUUGCGCUUACUUCCAUUUUCUGGAGGUCUGCCAGUCUAAGGGCAUUGCUGUGUAGCUCAUCUUUCCUCUACAUAGUGCUGACUCAGCUGCUCAGUUUUAAGAUGCUGUUUUCAAAAUCUCUUCCUGCUGCUUCUCCUGGGUCCCUGGCCAGAAACUAGGAAACAGACCUCUGCGGUGGUCAACUGAGGUUAUAGGAAACCAAGUCUGUGGCUCUUCUCUGCUGGUGGAAACAAAAGGGUGCCAAGCCAUGCCUACAGAUUUCGCCGCUAAUUCUCUUCUUUGGGCAUUGGAGCCCUGGAUUCUGGUGCUGUAGCUCCUGGUGCCAAAGUCUGGAUCUUUCCACACUGCAGCAGCACCAACAUCUGCCACUACCCAAAUACUCUGGAAGAGGGACAGCUAUGGUGCCCUCUUGCUGGGGGCUGCUAUCUUAAAGUCUGAGUGCAAUAGGGUUUGAUUGUAACAAUUAUUUCAGGAUAAAUAUUGUUUCCUUAAUCUGCGUACUUUCUAGAACCAUUGUAAAAUAGAUUUUAUUUUUAACUCUCCUCAGCAUUGCAGAAGAUACCAUUUGUAAUAGCAGAUGAAGGCUGGAGGCUCAGUUCCUCUGGGUUUCAAAUGGCUGGCAAGGCUGGCUCUCAGAUUCCAAAGUUGGAAGGCACCUUUCUGAAAAGCAACCUCUGUGUGACCUUCUGGACCCAGGCCUCACCACCAGGGGUCCUGGAGGAAAUUUCCAUAUAAAGGGGAGACCUGGUAAUUAAGUAGCUGGUCCAGUCAAGCCAAAUACUCCCACUGUCCCAGCCAAUAAACCCACUUACAUGACAAGCCUCUUCUGCAGCGUAGCUCCAACUCUAGAUUUUACUGGCAGGUGUAUUUGUUGUGGGAGGGUUCCCCGUGAGCCCAGAGAACCUGGCACUCCAGAGCUGCUUGGUUGGAGGAAGCAGAGCUGGCUGAAUGCCAGAGGCUGGUCUCUCUUCCACCUGCUGCUGCAUCUCACUACUCUGGUACUAAAAGCAACCAGAGAAAGCUGCCGGGAUGGUGGGCAAAGGGGAUUUGCAGUGGGGCCAAGGACUCCAACCUCUGUCCCAGGCAAGCCUGCACAUAAAUCAUUCCCCUCUCAUGGGGUGUGGGAGGGUCUAUGUUGAUCUUGGACCUGUCAUCCUGGGGCAGUUUUAGUGCUUUAUAUUUAGUGGGUUAGCGCCAGGUGCUACCAUUUUCCAGUAAAGGAACCGGGACCCAGAGGCUGGGUCCCUAGCUGCCUCUGUCGAUGUGGGGUUUGUUGUCACUCUGACGAGAUUGCUUUGGAAGAGCUGCUUUUAGGGAUUAUCUUUUGUCUACCCUGGGUGGGCCACAGGGUGUUCUCCUCAAAGCCUCACAACCAAGACCAUAGGAAAGGGGCCCUAUUUUCCUGCUGCUUCACAGCUCAGAACAUGUACUGAAUGGAAUGUAUUUUUAAGAGAAUAAAGUCUAUUUUUUUGUAUUUUAAAGAUUGGGAGGGCUAGGGAAGUACAGCCCUCAAAAAAAACCUGUUAAUGCAUUAAAGGCCCCUUUGCGAGGGGGCAUCAGUAUCUGUCAGUCCACAUCUACUUGUUCAGGCAGGUGCUCUGGUCUCACCCCUGCCCCUUGGAGUCUAGGUGCAGCAGCUUCUACAUUCCUGCUCCAAGCCUGGGACCAAGGAGGCCGGACCCUGUUGCUGGAAACCAGGGCGAAGCCAUGAGCAGUGACUCAGGGCUCCUUGGGUGCAUGUGUAUAGUGGAAGCUGCCUGUCUGCAUGUAUCCUCUGGCUCUAAUGCUGUCUGUUGGCUCUGCAGCACAAUAUGUAACCAAUAAAGCUCCCUAGUUUCCAUGUGGUC